CAGCUGUUCCUACGGUAUAUAUCGACAAGGACACAAAGAAUACCAAAACUUCUUUGGAGAUUCCAUUAUUAGAGCCGCCGAGAGCACCAACCAAAUCAUCUCUAUCGAUGAAAAGUGAAAGAAUAGGCGUCAGUAAAGCAUUAUCAUUACUGAUUAAUUGUGAAUGCAGUCAUGAAUCAUGCGAUUGCAAGGAAGAAUUGCAAAUGCUGUCAAGAACGGUGUUGCCGAAGGAAGAAUGGGAGAUGCCAAAGCCACCAAAAAUACUUCCUCUUGAGAAAAGGUCAUCUAUAGAGAUUUACAAAGAAAAGCUCAGUCUAUCCGACAUGCAUGUUGCGAGAAACAUUUCUGAUUCUGCAGUUUGUCAGUCAUAUCAACAAGAACAUGAACCUGAUGGUAAAGAUGAUGAUGAAUCUGAAAGCUUAUCAGCGGAUAGACAGAGCAAUAUACACCCACCUUCAAUAGCUAAUGAUGAACAAGCUGAGAUGGAAGAAACAGAAUCUAGCCUUUCGGGGAAGAAAACUGUUUCGUUGCUCAUUCCAGGAUGCAAACGUGGUGAGGAAGAUUACGACUGCGUUAUUGUCGGAGAAAUUAAUAAGUAAGAGGA